CUUUUAAUGGUACGAAAAUAUGUGCAAAUGGGAAAAGUUUUGGAUGAGAACAAAAUCUGGCAGGUAUCAGUACAUCUUACGUUGCGAUUAGUCAUAUCAUCAUUUUUUUUUUCCUUUUAAUUCUUAGUUUUCACGUCUUUCAACACAAAUAGAGGAAACCAACCUCUGACUGUCCUCUUCGCAUUAUCAUUUAAUCGUUACAACCAUCAAUCGGAACAAAAAUUUUCAGUUAUUGGGUAAAAGAGAAAGAAAAAACCAGAAGAACAAGAAAAGAGGUUGAUGUUCUGGUUGUUGUAGAGAAAAAAGGGAACUGGGUGAUUGUGAGGAGAGAUGGGGAAUGUAAACGGGAGAGAAGAGGGAGGAGGAGAUGAAGAUGGAUCCAAUUCCAAUGCAAUCCAAUCAGCUUCUUCAGAUUCCAUGCCAAAUGCUUUAACAGUUAACAAUCAUCAUCAUCAUCAUCAUCAUCAUCAUCUUACAAAUAAUACUAAUAAUAAUACGCCUCCUCACAGCCCUGCUCGCUCUUCUUCCCCUCUCUUGUUUGCUCCUCAGGUUCCUGUAGCUCCCUUGCAGAGAGUUGAUGGGCCACCUUUCUUAAAUCAAAUGCGGCGCACUGAAUCUCCUGCUGUUGUCGACUAUCCUUCUGAAAAUGGAAUUCCUACUAUUAUCUCCUGGAAUUAUGGGGGUAAUGAAGUAUUUGUUGAAGGAUCUUGGGACAACUGGAUGUCAAGGAAACUAUUGCACAGAUCUGGUAAGGAUCAUUCUAUUCUACUGGUCCUUCCAUCAGGUGUUUACCAUUAUAAUUUCAUUGUAGAUGGGGAAUGGAGAUAUAUACCAGAUCUUCCUUUUGUAGCUGAUGAAAUGGGCCGCAUUUGUAAUCUUCUUGAUGUUGAUGAUUAUGUGCCGGAAAACCUGGACAGUGUGGCUGGGUUUGAAGCGCCACAGUCCCCAGACUCUACAUACAGUCAGUCAUUUCCGACAGAAGAAGACUUUGCGAAGGAACCAUUAGUGGUUCCACAACAGCUCCAUCUUACUGUCCUAGGUGUGGAGAAUCAAAAUGAAGUUUCUUCAUCGAAGCCUCAACAUGUGGUGCUUAACCACCUCUUUAUAGAGAAAGGAUGGGCAUCUCAUUCUCUGGUUGCUCUGGGACUGACUCAUAGGUUUGAAUCCAAAUAUGUCACCGUUGUUCUUUAUAAGCCACACAAAAGGUAGCACCCUCUGUAUCCAAGCUCGUGCUCUGUAAAGGAAAGAUAUUUCACCUUCACUAUGCAGCUUUGUGAACGCAUCUGUGUUUAUAGGAUGCUCAACUUAAUUUACAUCCAUGUUUAAUCUCCGAUCUGAGUUGUUGAUUUUUAUAGACCGAUUUGUUCACCUCAAGAUCGUUUGUGCAAUGUGAUUUGACAAAUUUUUAUGGUAAA